GCACACCCGCCCCUGGCACGAGACGACCUCAGCAGCGCGACCCGUCCAACAGCCUCGGUCUGUCCAUGGAGGAUCUCAAGGCGGAGCUUGCGCUGAGAGACGCUGUACAGAUGCUCAAGACCCCGCGCCAGCUCCGGAUGUUCUUCGUUCACUUGCUCGUCAAUGAGUCUGUCCGCUCGCCGGUGACGACGUGGGAGACCUUCCGGGACGCGUUCGCGCAAGACUACAUCCAGGAAAGCGAUAAUGUCAACAUCGGCGUCAACCAGGCGCUAGAGGAGAUCGGCCGCGCGCUGGAGGAGCACGGCAAGUCCCUUGGUGUGUACGGUCUUCCGAGUCCUUCCUUCCACAGCCGUGAGGUCGAGGUUGAACUUGCUCAGUGGAGGAACCGGGAGAUUUUGGCUUCGCGCGCUGGCAAGGCCGCAGCCAAGCUCAACGCCGAACAGUACGAGAUCUACAGCGAGAUUCUGCAGGCUGUUGAGGAGGAGCGACCACUCUACGCGUUCGUGGACGGAAAGGCUGGUCGAGGGAAGACAUUCCUCGUUCAUUCCAUAUGCAACAGGCUACGGUCUCAGGGACGCGUCGUGUUGGCUACGGCGACGUCCGGAUUCGCGGCCCAGCUAUAUCCUGGAGGCAGAACGACACACUCCACGUUCAAAAUUCCACUGGAAGAAGAGAAGGACGGGCUAGUAUCUCCUAUCGAGCCCCAUGACCCUCGUGGUGAGCUCAUCCAAGAAGCUUCAGUCAUCAUAUGGGAUGAAGCGCCAAUGGCGAAGAACGCGGUCCUCAAGUGCGUCGACGAGACGUGCAGACGCGUCAUGCGCAACGACCUACCC